GAGAUUGCAAAUAAGUCGAGGCUCUAUAUUAAAAGAAACUGAAAAAGAAUAAAAACAGAAAAGCGAGGGAGAGAAGCCAAAGAAAACAGGCAUGAUAAGAUCGGUGAUGGUGAUGAACACUCAGGGCAAGCCUCGUCUUGCCAAAUUUUACGAUUUUCAGCCUGUCGAGAAGCAGCAGGAGCUGAUACGCAGCGUUUUUGGAGCCUUGUGCAGCAGAGCUGAAAAUGUCAGCAAUUUCAUAGAGGCUGAUUUAAUUUUCGGCCCGGAUACUCGCCUUGUAUAUAAGCACUAUGCAACUCUUUACUUUGUUUUCAUAUUUGAUAGUUCUGAAAAUGAGCUUGCUAUGCUUGACCUAAUUCAGGUUUUUGUGGAGACAUUAGACAAAUGCUUCAAAAACGUAUGUGAGCUCGACAUUAUAUACAAUUACAGCAAGAUGCAUACUAUUUUGGAUGAGAUCAUUUUUGGAGGUCAAGUGCUGGAAACAAGUUCUACAGAAGUUAUCAAGGCUGUUGAAGAAAUAUCAAAGUUGGAAUCAGCCUCAAAUGCUAUCACACUUGUUUCCAAGUCAGUUUCUAGUUGGCGAAGUCGGUAGUAUUAGGUGCAAAGAGAGCUGUUAAAAUGGUUGAUGUCACACAUUUGAAUGCUUUCAGUUGGCUGCCAAAUCCAUUUCUGUUUUACAGGUUAACAUGUGAUUUUGGUUGAGCUAUGCCAAUGAUCAGUGUUGUAAAUUGGUGAAGUUUUUAGCUGUUUGACCGCAGAAAUUUGGUUUUAUUGCUGGCAUCUAUCAACAGACAAUUGAACUCAAUAAAGACUGGUUUGGCUGUUUGGUUACUGGGCACCCAAGGAGUUGACUGGUGAAGGUUGUCAAUCAAAAGUAAAUUGUUUGUGGAGGAAAAUAUUCUAUAUCUUUUCCUAAAUCUGAAUAAUGACUAUUAAUAUUCAUUAUGAGGAAUGUCGUUUGAAUUUAAUUCAUGGCAUGUGGAUUUUUUAUGGUUGUUCCAUUGAAUGUACAAUAUUGAUAUACUAAAUGGGAAUAUGAGAUUUUUAGGACUUUCAA